AUGAUCAACAAUAAGAAAUGUGGAUACGGGACUUUAUCAAAAAGUAGUUCUAAUACCUGGAGUACAAAUAAUAAAAUUGAGGUAGAUUACCCAAAUAGAUUCACAAGCUUCUUCUCUCCCAAAAGAUUCCACAAAGAAAAUUGUAUAGUUAUUGAAACAAAAGUUUACUCACAUUUCAAUCAAUCUAAGCCAACCAAUAUUCUGGCAGAUAUGAAUAAUUGUAAGUAUCAAGACGGUUUCUGUGAGAUCAAGAAAAAUGAAAUCAUCACUUGGGAUGUCAACAGAGAUCAGAAAUGCCAAUUCAUCUCUAUUGGAAUACUUGAUGGGAUGUACAAUAACAAACUUUGGGUUAACAAUAAGAACCAAAUUGCGUUAAAUUUUGAAACACAGAAGAUUGUGAAUGAUUGUAACAUAGACUUGAUGAUUAGUGAUGAAGGAUUUGCUGUAAGAAAAAUUAAUCGAGCCCCUUCCCAAUAUCCCCCAAAGCAAAUUCCUAUCUCAAUUGAACAGGAAGUUCAAAGACAACAACAACAUGAUAUGAGGAAACGUGAACAAGAAGAACUCAGAAAACGUGAACAAGAUGAAAUCAAAAGACGGGAACAAGAAGAUAUCAGAAAACGGGAUCAAGAAGAUGCUAGAAGACGUGAUCAAGAAAGACAAAAACAGUAUGAAGCAGAUCUGAAAGAUUUUGAAAAAAAGAAACAAGAAAAGCUGAAGAAGGAAGAAGAACUCGAGAAAAAGAAACAGGAGAAAACUAAGAAAGCUCAGGAAGAGGCUGAAAGAAAAGAAAUCGAAGCAUUGAGGAAACAACGGAAAGAUGAAGACUGGACAGUUCAUGAUGAGAAAUCGAAAGGUGUAGACAAAAAAUCCAACAGAACCAAAAGAGAAAUCUUCCAACCAUUACCAUUACCAAAUUAUGAUGAAUAUUUGAAGAUCAAACAAGACUGUGAAAAUUUCCCAAGUUAUGAAGCUUUCAAGAAUAGUCGAGAUGGAUGUGAUUCGCUAACAACCUAUACAGAUUUCAUUCACAAAAUUGCCAACUUUGAGAAAGAACAGCAGUUGAAUUCUUCCACAGAUGAAAAAUGGCAGCCACUACCUUUCCCUGGUUACGAAGAAUUUCUGAGUAUCAAAGAAGAUUGUGACAUUCUCCCAAGUCAUGCCGAGUACAAGACUAUCAGAGAGAGUUGCGAUGCAUUCCCAAUAAUGUGCGAUAUUUUCAACGAGCAAAAUGAAGUUCUUGAAAGUCUCAUCAGAGAAAAUCCAAGAAGAUUUAUUCAAAAACAGCUCAACCAUACAGCCGUUAAAGUAAGAUUUAUCGAUACUGAAGAUUCUAAUGGAAUUGUUCAAGUUACAUUCUGCAAAGAAAUUGAUGAAGAAGAGAUUGACUUUUUAGACAUUACUCGUUUCGAUGGAUACAAAUUAAGUAUUGCUCUCACACUCGGACAAAUCCCAAUCAAGAUUAAAAGUCUUGGAGAUAAAAUUUGGUAUUACAAAAAUGACAAUUUUGGAGGAGUCAUAUCCAGCAAACCACAACUUCACCCAAUGAUUGAUUUUAGAACCAACAUUACCAACAUGAAAAGCUUCAAAGAAUUUGAUUUGAAAUUCCUAGAUGAUAAAGUGAUUUUCCAUGAACACAUUUUGUUAGACUUGAAGACCAACAUUGAAGAAGAACUGAUCGAAGAAAUGCGAGAAAAAUCUGAUGUCUCUAUUCAAGUACAUGCCAGUAACCAAGAUUCUACUUUACCUCACGAAAUAUUAGACGAUGUCGAAGGAUUCUUUGGAAAAUGGUGGCUUAGAAUUUGGAGAGUUGGUGUAACACUCGGAGUUGCUGUAGUUUAUAUAUUUGUGGGUAGAUCAAUUUGGAUGAUACUUUCACCCAAAACCUUUAUUGAUAGGAGAAAUAAUAACAGAAGAAGAAGAGAGUAUGAGGCUGUAGAAUUAAGAGAAAUGGUACACCGCCCAUCUGUUCAAUCUCUCACUGUUGAUUAA